GAACAAUGCGGAAUUGGACAAGAGACUGUGAAGAUUGAAUCUACGGAAGUACCCCGAAGGCAAGAGACUUAGAACAAAGGCUGCGGCCCAUGCGGAAUAUGGACCAAAACCCUCUCCACCCAGUAUCAAUUCGCCUAUGGAGGCCACCACGUCUCCACCAUCCUACCCCUCCCUAUUUCCAGACCCACCCCUUUAAGCGCUCGACUCUCUUGGUAUUUCUUGAUUCAGACCGAUGUUCUCUUGCCACCUGUAGUACCGCCCUCCUCAGCUUCAGCGCUAUCAUGCUUCUUCUCAGAAUACUUGCGUGUUUGAGUCUUUCCGGGCACCCUCGAAGCAGUCAUAACAGGAUGGCAAGAGAACAUCGGUCUGAAUCAAGAAAUACCAAGAGAGUCGAGCGCUUAAAGGGGUGGGUCUGGAAAUAGGGAGGGGUAGGAUGGUGGAGACGUGGUGGCCUCCAUAGGCGAAUUGAUAAUGGGUGGAGAUG